AUGUACGCCGCCGCUGUGUUGGCAGCGGCCUCUGCGGCAUACGUCGCUGCGGCGCAGUCCCCGGAGCCGCGCGACAACCCAAUGAUCGCCGACGUGAUGAGCAUCUCUGUGUUCAUGGCCGUAUUCUUCCCCGUCUUCGUCGUGCUUCUCGCCUUCGCCUGCCUCCGCUUGUUCCGGGCCCCCGACGACGACCCGCAGGCUCCGGACGCGGCGUCGGCACCGGAGUGGCCCCGCGGCGGCGGGGGCAGCCGCAAGGGAGGGCUUGACGCCGCCGCGAUCGCCGCGCUGCCGCUGGUGUUCUUCCGCGAGGUGAGGCAGCACCGGAUCGUGGACGGGCGCGAAGACGACGUGCUCGAGUGCUCCGUCUGCCUCCUCGAGUUCGACGACGACGACGCCCUGCGCCUCCUCCCGACGUGCCCGCACGCGUUCCACCAGGAGUGCAUCGGCCUUUGGCUCGAGAGGCACUCCACCUGCCCGCUGUGCCGCGCCAGCGUCCUCGACGCGCCAACAGCUCCGGCGGCGCAGCUCCAGACGGCGCCACCGCCGCCGCCGCCGCUGAUAACGCCGGACUCGUCUCCCGUUCCCUCGGCUGUCGUGCUAAUCGGCGACGCAAGCGCAAGCGCAAGCGCGGAAGGGGAAGAAGAGGAUUGGACUAGGAUCCAGCGCCUCGCGAGGAACCGCCGCGCGGCGGGGCGGCAGGCGCUGCCGCGGUCCAACUCGACGGGUCACAGCGCCAGCGACGACGGCGGGAUGGAGCGGUUCGCGCUGCGGCUGCCGGAGCACGUGCGCCUCGAGCUGCUCAUGUCGCACAGGCUGAGGCACGUGACGAGCUCGGUGGCAUCCGUGCGCGUCAUGGAGGGCAGCGCCCACGACGCCAGCAGUGUGGUGGGCGGGAGCGUCAGGAGCGCCAUGGCGAGGCUGCUGUCGCUCUUUGCGCCGGGCGCCGGGUGGAAGGGCGAUGGCGACGACAAGUCCGGCAAGGCAGACACCACUGGGGCGUCAUCUCUCCGCCGCCGCGAGAACUCGUCCAGAGGAGCAGGGAGAGAAACCUUGGUUAAGCACCAAAUAAGUACUCUGUUCUCUCAAUUCGGUUGA